AUGCGUCUCUACGGGUGCCAAUUACUUGCCUCCACGGCUGCCAUUGGCGUAGUCGUCGGGCAAGGUAUUUCACCAUUGUCCAACGCGGUCCCAGGAUUCGAAGCUCCCUCAGCCGAGUAUCGUCCCAAGUUCAGAUAUUGGCUCCCAGAUGCAGAUGUUGACCACGAUGUCCUCCAAACCGACAUCCAAGACCUCCAAAAGCUCGGCGCCGGCGGUCUGGAGUUUCUCCCAUUCUACAACUACGGCUUCGGCGGCGUGAACGACUCCAAGAUGGAAACAUAUGCCUUUGGCAAGCCUGCGUUCAAGGACGUUCUCCAGAUUGCGCUUGAAGCUACAAAGGCGAGUGGGCUGUCAAUGGACGUGGCGCUGGGUGCUAGCCAGGGCCAGGGUGUUCCCUCCAAGCCACUCACUCCUGGUCUUGCCGUGCAACUUGUCUAUGGAAACGACUCGGGCGACAGCAAUGCUUUCAUCGCCUUGCAUGAGAAGUCACUGGCCGACCUCACCGAGUACGUCAAGGACGGCAAGAUCACAUGGACAGCACCAAAAGACUAUAAGGAGUACGUGUUAUUUGCGCACUACGAGCGCUACACCAACCAGCGAUCGUGUGAUGGCGUUCCUACUGAUGUAAUUGCCAACGGCUCCUGGGUUACAGACCAUUUCAGCGCCGCUGGGGCAAAGCUAGCAUCCCAGUUCUGGGAGAAGAACCUGUUGAGUACCCAGAUCCGCCAGUUGCUCAAGGAGGUUGGCAAGCACACUUGGGAGGACAGCAUGGAGAUUCAAGCUUCGCUUUACUGGUCUCCUGGGUUCCCGGAUCGCUUCAAGUCCAAGCGCGGUUACAACGUUAUCAAGUAUCUUCCAUUGCUAUUCCACAAGUCGACAUCCUUUACAGCCGCCCAGGCUCCCUACAACACUACAUUUUACCUCGAUGGGGCUCCGGAUGACGGACAAAGCAAGUACCUCCAGGACUACCGACUGACCUUGAACGAGGGUUACCAGGAGUACCUGCAGACCUUCGAAGACUGGGCUGAAUCGCUGGGCCUCUCACAUUCGUGUCAAGUUGGGUACAACAUUCCCUUGGACAUUCUCGCGGAUAUACCGAUUGUUUCCACCCCCGAACUCGAAUCUCUGGCCUUCAAAACACCAGAUCAAAUGUCACAAUUCGUCGGCCCCGCACACCUUGGACGUCGCAACAUCAUUUCCACAGAAAUCGGCGCAGUAGCACAAGGCGCAUACAGUCUGACCAUUCCAUCCCUCAUCAACCUCUUCCACGAUGCAUUCGCAGGCGGUGUCAAUGCCAUGAUGAUCCAUGGAAUGACUUACACUGGAGAGCAAGUCGGUUCGACCUGGCCUGGAUUCACGCCGUUUCAGUAUAUCUACACUGAACUUUGGAGCCCCAAGCAGCCAGCGUGGAACUACAUGUCUGAGAUGAUGAACUACACCGCCAGAAACCAGUUUGUCCUGCAGCAAGGAGUAGGCAAGAAAGACUUGGCCUUUUACCUGUACAAAGAUCCUUAUGGCAUAUCGGAUAUGUAUAAUGGCACGGAUCUUCGUGCUAGCGGCUUCACCUAUGAGUAUCUGUCGCCAGCGAACUUUGGCUCAAAGACUUUCAAGGUUACGAACAAAAUCUUGGACUCUCCAGGUGCAGGAUAUCGCGCGCUCAUACUCAACCAGCAACAGUUCAUCACUGUUGAGGCAUCGCAAAAGCUCGUUGAGUUGGCCGAUGCCGGGCUUCCAGUCAUUGUCGUAGGGGAUCUCCCCGCCACGACAAUCGGAACUAAAGGCCAAGAUGCUGUGUCCAAGAACAUCUCGAAGCUCAAGGGAUCCAAGUACUCCAACAUUGCUUUCAUCAAAUCCGCCGACGAUCUACUCAACGCACUCGGCAAACUUUCCGUCAAGCCCCGAGUGAUGACAAGCUCAGAUGCUGCGAAGAACUUGUAUACCGUGUGGAGGUCAGACAAGAGCUCGGACUAUCUUCUCCUCUUCAACCGGGGUUCAUCAUCGACUUUUGACAUCACGGCAGAGGUUGAACAAGGAAAGGUUCCUUACAAGCUCAACGCAUGGACUGGGCGACAAGUUGCUAUGGCAUCCUUCAAGCGCUCCUCGGGCAAGGCCACCUUCCAGGUGUCUUUGAAGGAAGGCCAAACGGCGGUUGUUGCGUUUACCAGUGGCAAGUCGAAGACGAGCAUUGUCACACAUUCGGAGAAUGUCAUCGACGCUUCCUACAGUUCUGAUGGCAAGGAUGGCAUUUCUGUACUAUUGGGAGAUACUCAAGCCGCCUCCUUGACUUUAUCCAACGGACAGAGAAAGCAGAUUCCUGCUGCUAGUAGCAGCGACAAGAAGAAUGCCCUCAACAUCGAUAUCGGCAACUGGAACAUGACUCUUGAGUCCUGGGUCCCCGGUCCCGACGAGACAAAGUCGGCAUCUGUCAAGAAGGUGAUGAAGCUGGGCACUCAGAAGACAUUGCAGCCCUGGUCCGAGAUUUCUGGAGCACAGAAUGUAUCAGGCGUUGGUACAUACACAGCUACCUUCCAGGUCCCAAGAGUCACAAGCAAAGAUUCCAUCGCUGUACUGCAGCUUGGCCCUGUGCUCAACACCAUUCGAGCAUGGGUAAACGACAAGCAGCUUCCGGCGAUUGACAUUUACGACGCUCAAAUCGAUGUAUCGGAUUAUCUGGUUGCGGGAACCAACAAAAUCCGGGUAGAGGUGGCGUCUACUUUGUUCAAUGCAGUCAAGGCAAGAGUUGAUUAUGUCAAGGCGAAUGGCGUUGGUCCAGCGGCACCUGCUUUGUAUACUUUUGCAGAUUGGCAAAGGCAUGGAUUAAUUGGGCCCGUGUCCAUCAAGUGUCUGCGCAAGGUCAGCUUGUAAUAUGCAUGCCACAGGUUUAGGUCAGCCAGAAAGGGAGAGCUGUAGUAAGGGCCGAAUAUUCACGAUUCAGAAUCCUCGGCUGAUAGUGCUUGACGUAGUGAGUAGUUCAUGUCUAAUAGGAUAAAAGUGUC